CCUCUGAAGAGGUUUGGCUAUGCUGAAAGCCCUGUAUGACUUUUCACUGUCUCUAAAGCAAUCUUCAUCUCUCAUCAGUGGAAAUAUUUACAGAGAAGUAAGGGAAGCUGCAAAUGCUUUUCUCACCAUGUCGACACUGCUCAGCUUCACAAAAGCGGAUCCCAUCAGGAACGCAUAUAAAGGAGUGGAUGUGGGGAAUGCCAUUCUGCAAUUUAGAGCAGACAUGCUAAAGAUGGAAUUUCAUUCCUGAGACAGAGAAUUUGUGCUACAGAUUGUCACUACGAUAGAUGCAAUUGAGGGAGAUAAAUCCCAGGCAGUUUGGGGUGGCUGCUGAGCUCCCUGGCGCUGCCGCCCGCCCUGCCGCGGGAGCAGCGUCGUUCCGCAGGCGCCGACAGCUAAAGCAGCACAGCUUCUCCUUUUAGAGCCUACUCGGUGCUCACCCUGCGCAGACAAGAAACCAAAAUGCCCACAACAUCAGCGUCGUGUCACCCUGCUUUGCUCUUGCUUCUCUCCUCCACGCCCCUCUGGGCAGCUGAGAUUUCCUGCAGGAAUGAAGAUGGGGAGGCAGUCGACUGGUUUGCUCUUUACAAGUUGCCAAAGCAUGUCAAAGGAGAGAGUCCCGUGCUGGGGCUGGAGUACAUGUACAUAGACACUCUGGCUCCACAGUGGCAGCUCGGAAAAUACCUCAUCAACAUGACAGAGGGUGCUCUGGGACAAACACUGCAGCAGCUGUACGAGACGUACGAAUCUGAGAGGAACAGCGUUGCAUAUGCAAUAUACAAUGAUGAGGUCCCUCAAUCAGAAUCCAGUGCGUGGAAAAGAGGACAUACCAAAGGAUUUCUGCUCUUGGACAAAUCACAAGGCUUCUGGGUGACUCACAGUGUGCCCCUGUUCCCUCCCGUCCCUGAGGAUGGUUAUGGGUAUCCAGCUACUGGGGAGUCCUACGGACAGACAGCCAUCUGUAUAACCUUCAAAUAUGACCAGUUCACAGAAAUAGACCAACAGAUGCUGAGUUAUAAUCCAAAAAUCUACAGCUGUUCCAUCCCUAAGACCUUCCAAGCUGAUCUCCCAAACCUGCAGAAGCUCUGUGCAGGGUCCAGGCUGCCCUCGGUCCCCUUGCGCCACCUCUCCAAACUCCAGUCAGCUCAUGGGGAAACCUUUCUCAACUUUGCCAAGUCACACUUGUACAUAGAUGAUAUCUAUGUGGCCUGGGUGGCUCAGGAACUGAAGACCGAUCUGUUGGCUGAAUCCUGGCAGCAUUCCGGCCAAAAACUUCCCUCAAAUUGCUCUCUCGACUACCAUGUCUACAACAUAAACCUAAUAGAGACACCAUUGAAUUCCACCUUUUAUUCCAUUAAUGAUCAUUCCAAAUGGGUUGCUUCAAAGGAAAACAAAGAUCAGUGGACCUGCAUCGGAGACUUAAACCGCGCUGCUGAGCAAGCUUGGAGAAGUGAAUUCCUUCACUGGAGACACUGCUGGUGAGGUUCACCAUGAUGCAGCAGAGGGCAGCUGGAUAUGACACAACAUACUUCUUAUGGCAGAUGCUCAGCCACAGCAUUUGGGUUGCAGAGUAUAGCAAAGAGCCUCCAUCCACUGACUGACACAACAGUGUUGCUACAAUCCUUCUCCCCAGGCUAAAAGUCAACUGUCCAUCAGCUGACUUUCAGUGCUGAUAGUUAUUCUUAAUUAUUUGAUCAAUCGAUAGCUGUCCAAAAGCUACACAAGACUAUGACAACAUUCCUCUUGCAUUAUACCCACGAUUGUCAACUUCCAUUUUAGCUGUUACCAAAGAGGCAUAAACAGCAGUGGGAAGAUGGAGAGAAACAGUUGUACCAUACAAUAUUACAAGCCCCUAAAUAGCCAGGUUGUACACACACUCAUUUCAGUGGUGUAGCAAUAAAAAGGCUGCGUUCUGGUUCUCUAAUUUUUUGGCUGUAAACAGUUUUAAUUCAGUUUUGUUUUCGUUGUGUAACUUCCAUAUUUGCAUAUCCUGGUAUUUCUACACACAUUAUGAGAAGUGAGCAGACACUGUUUCCCAAGAGACUGAUAAUCAACAAGAUAAACCAUACAAAUUUUUAUAGGGUUUGUAACUCUCAGGCUUCCUAUGCAAAGGCAAGACCAUAUGCCACUUACUCAACCUCACAGCACGCAUUGUGAUCAGUUGUUGGUGUGAAAUAUAUAUUUUGGCAUAUUUUAUAUACAUAUUUGUGAAGUUUUUAAUUUAAAAUGUGCUUUUCUUUUUCAAAAUGCUCAACAAAUACCUGCCUGUCCCAGUGCCUUUGUGCUGCCUGUGCUGCCCACUGUGACCCUUUUGACCGGACCAACCUUCUCCUGCAGAAGGGACAUCCAUCACUGCCCACUCUGCAAUUCCAGCAGGACCUGCCCAGCAAAGCUGGUCCUGCAGGAUGGAGGAAGGUUUGGACCCUGGCAUGGAGAGGGGAAAGCUGGUCUCUCACCUGGAAACCUAGAGUGUCUUCUCCUCAGAGUGCAGGUAUUGCUAUUCUGACCCUUAGACUCUGUUCUAGUUAGACUAAAUGAGAACAUUUCUUAUACAUGAAAUGUGUUUGCUGAGGGAGUAGGGUAGGCAAAAGCAGACGUUAUUAAUCCUCUAAACAUUACUGUGCUGCAGCCAAGUUUGUAACAAACACAACAGAAGGAAUCAUUGUUUGGUAUAAAUUGCCAGGUAAUCAUUUCCACAAGCUGAGACUCAGCCCCAGCAUGCCUGACAAGCUCACAAGGGGCAGGAAAUGCAAAUACAGCCUCUAGAAAUAUACGCCUGCCACUCGCUCACCCAGCAGCACAUCCCCUACCCUCAUCAUGGCCACUGCCAUCCCAGACCAAGGGCACAACUCUGUCUCCCUGUCACUGCUCGAAAAAUCAUCAAGCCCCUGUAUCCCCACAGAUGCUUCUGUAACACUGGUAAUUGUGGAUUGUCAGGGCAGUGGUUUGCUGUGUUUAAAGAGUGCAAUUUCACACAGACUUAAUGCAAGAAGUCAAUGAAUUGGACAUUAGUCUCACUAGGAGAAAAGCUAAAAAAUAAAAUAUUUUAAGGCACAAAAACUGAAACUGUGAAGUUUAAUUCCAGCUGAGCAAUUACAAGGCUAGAAAACAGGCACAGGCAUUGUACAGCCUGAGCCCACUUCAGAGGUCAGCCUUUAUGGUGGGAUUGCUGCUGGUGUCUCCAG